AUGGUGGGUUCUAAGGUGGCUAUUGUGCUUCUUCAAAGAGACGGAGAGGCUGGGACGCCCUUAGUCUUCGACAUCGCAAGCAUAGAGAAAUUGAGGAGCAUUGGAGUAGCGGGUAUCUUGACCGGAACGCUGCCGUCAGCCACGCAGCAAAAUGCAUUUCUGAGCGUACCACUACGGCUGAUGGCCGAGGAGGCGCUGUGGCUGGUAGAGAAGCAGUUGGGCUAUCUAGUGCAUGGCGGAGGGGUGGUGCAUACAGCGGCAGAGGCUGUCAAGGCUGAGGAUAUGAAAGAGGCGCGCAAUGAGCUAGAGCGCUCUUUCGAGGCACAGCGCGAGUUUAAGCGACAGCAGCAUCUUGAAAAGUUACGGCGUUUAGGUGUAAAGGCCGAGAAUUCUUCGGGGACGGAAACGGAUUACUCGCGUCUGCUGGAGUCGUCUCUCUUCAUAGAGACAUGUGACUCUUCGGCCCUUAUUUCGCAGCGGCAGCGCGAGUUUGACAAGCCAGAAAUCCAAGCCAGGUUGGCGCAGCAACUCCGAACGGGAUGCAAAUGCAAAGGCGACUUUCACGUGUACAAAGCGCUUCGGGAGCAGGGCUACUUUUUGUCGCCGGGGAGUCGCUUCGGAGGUCGCUUUAUCGCGUAUCCCGGCGAUCCGCUUCGGUACCAUUCUCACAUGACUGUGCAGCCAGCGAUGGACUACCGCAGAGAUCCAUUGGACCUUCUGCAAGUGGUGAGCGGUGGCCGGCUUGGAACUGGUGUCAAAAAGCUUUGGGUUGUGGGCGGAGUCAAAGACGACUACGAUUCUACCGAUGCUGAGUCUGGGAGGGUUUCUUUCUUCUCAGUUGAAUGGGCCGGUUUUGGGUAG